CCCUCUAAAGUUGAAGGAAUAGCCUGGUGCAUUGCUUUUACGUUGGAAGCUCUCUUAAUUGUUCUAGGAAACUUUCUCACUCUUGUUCUCUUUGCCGUUAACAAGAGGCUUCGCAAAAGAAGUUUGUUUUUGGUCAUUAAUAUGGCUUUUGCCUAUUUGCUAUCCGGAGCUGUAUCUCUCCCCAUUCUCAUUUACACCAUUGGAGCUGGCUUCAUGCUUUGGAAAGCACGUUUGGACAAGACGUUUUAUGGUUAUCAAGUUUUUGGUCAAAUCGUUGUCUUACAGGCGCCACUAAUUUCUGCGGUAUUAAUUACUUGUGAAAGAUUUCCCGCUGUCUAUUGGCCCUUGAGCACCGAAUUAUGUCAGUGGGGGCGUACCGCGCAGCUAUUUUUGUGGUUUGGAUACUAG